UAAAGCGCGGCGUGUGUGUGUCAGAGAGAAUUUAGUCACAGGAGGAGGAAGGAGACAUAGAGGCAGAGCGUAAAGAAGGGGGGAAAUACAAGACAAGGGGACACAGGUUAGGAGGAAAAGAUGGCUGAGCCCGAACUGAAAUUACGUAGCAGCCGGGAGAGCAUCGCCAAGGAGAAGAAGGCGGCAGAAAUGGACCAAGAUGGUGAGAUCCUUCCAUCCCCAACCACUCCACUCGCCACCCCAUCAAGCCCCACAGAUCCCCCCGCUAAAAAGAGCCAGAAGAUUGAACUCAAGCGCAGCAUCACCCUCUUCAACGGCGUGGCCAUGAUAAUAGGCACCAUCAUCGGCUCGGGCAUCUUCGUCACGCCGACAGGUGUAGUGAAAGAGACUGGCUCUGCCGGCCUUUCCUUGAUCGUGUGGUCCGUGUGCGGCGUGAUCUCCACCAUGGGGGCGCUUUGCUACGCCGAACUGGGCACCACGAUCACCAAGUCCGGGGGGGACUACACAUACAUCCUGGAGAUCUACGGCGAGCUGGCAGCCUUCCUCAAACUGUGGGUGGAGAUGCUCAUCAUCCGGCCGUCGUCGCAGUACGUUGUGUCGCUGGUGUUCGCCACGUACCUCCUGAAACCGAUCUACCCCAACUGCAGUGUGCCCGACAGCGCCGCCAAGCUCAUCGCCUGCCUCUGCCUCACUUGCCUUACCUUUAUCAACUGUAUCAGCGUGAGGGCCGCCACCAAGGUCCAAGACUUGUUCACAGCCUCGAAGUUGCUCGCCCUGGUCAUCAUCAUCCUCUUUGGCUUCAUUGAGAUCUUUACAGGUGAUGUGCCUUACUUGAAGCCAGAAAAUGCAUUUGAAGGCAGCAAAUUUGGUGUGGACAAUAUUGUCUUGGCUCUGUACAGUGGUUUAUUUGCUUUUGGAGGCUGGAAUUACCUGAAUUACGUUACAGAGGAGAUGAUCAAUCCAGAGAGGAACCUGCCCCUCUCAAUCAUCAUCUCCAUGCCCAUCGUAACGGUUGUUUACGUUCUCACCAACCUGGCCUACUUCACAACCAUUUCUCCCGAGGAGAUGGUCAAUUCUGAAGCUGUCGCCGUAACUUUUGGGGAGUACCAUCUUGGUGUGAUGUCUUGGCUAAUUCCAGUGUUCGUGGGGCUGUCUUGCUUUGGAGCUGUCAAUGGGUCCUUGUUCACCUCGGCACGUUUGUUCUACGCUGGAGCUCGAGAGGGUCAACUUCCCGCUGCUCUGGGAUUGGUCCACACUGACCUUUUCACACCGGUGCCGUCCCUCAUCUUCACAUGUCUCCUGUCCAUGAUGUACGCCAUCUCUCAGGACAUCUUCUCUGUCAUCAACCUGUUCAGUUUCUUCACUUGGCUCUGUGUCGGCAUGGCAAUCGCCGGGAUGCUGUGGCUACGUUUCAAACAACCCCACCGCCGAAGGCCAAUAAAGGUGUGUUUGUUCAUCCCCGUGAUUUUUGUUCUGGGCUGCAUCUUCAUGAUCGCCGUGUCCUUUUGGGCGGCUCCCUUUGAGUGCCUGAUUGGCUGCGGCAUCAUUCUCACGGGCAUCCCCGCCUACCUGCUGGGCUACAAGUGGAAGAAACCGCAUGUGGUCAAUAAGAUGCUCGAAAUCUUCACCAUGUUCUGCCAGAAGAUCUUCCUGGCCGUCCCAGAGGAGAAAUAGCAACACGAGGAGUCUGAAUAAGGCUGGACAGUUAUUUUUUGUUUACAUCAUUGUGUUUUUUGGUCUUUUUUUUAAGGGGUCCAGGGGCGAUGGUUUGCAAUCUUGGGUCAAGGAGGGUUUAUUACUGUAAGCACUUGUGUACAAAGUGUGUAAGCUAACGUCUCUGUCACAUUUUUGACAGUUUUUCAUGAAAAACAUGAUGGUUCCUUCAUGCUUAGGUUUUACCGUGCACAGUUGUGUUCAGUGUAUACUGCAAAAAGCUGCAUACAAACGCACAACAAUAGUGGCCUAAAAUAUAGGUUAUGGCUCUGUUCACACUAAAGGGUACGACGCCCUUUUCUGAUGAUUUCUAAUCCCAUCUUUUGAUAUAGUUACAAAAGAAAAAUGCGUUCUAAGAUUGGCGAAUGUGUACAAAACAUGACGUCGUAUGCGCUGCGGUGUGUUUACGGAAGUAAAACACUGCUCCGAUUUGUGUAUGUCUCAGUCGUAGCUAUACGGUAACUCGACAUGCAUACGUGUUGGCCAUCUUAGCAGGGGCCACAUUCCUAUUUAAAGCAAUGCAAUUGGUUGUAUUUACCUGACGUCGCGUCUGGCUCGAAGUGGUGGUCAAGCAAGCGUCUGUUGUCAAAGUCUUCUGGGUGGCAUUUUGCCUUUGUCAAAGAAAAAUGUCCUAUGCUUGUGUUGUUUUAGUCUGUUGGACUUUUUCAAAUCGAGGAAAGGAUAAUACAUUCUUCAGAGUUCCUCAAGAGGUAAUCAAGAAGGGCGAAAGAUAGCAAGAUUUCAAUAAAAGACGAGAAAAACACAAGUGUUAAAGGGGAACAUUAUCACAAUUUCAAAAGGGUUAAAAACAAUAAAAAUCAGUUCCCAGUGGCUUGUUUUAUUUUUCGAAGUUAUUUUCAAAAUUUUACACUCCUGGAAUAUCCCUAAAAAAAGCUUUAUAGUUCUUGAUUUUCGCUAUUUGCGAUGCGACUGUCCAUUUCCCUGUGACGUCAUACAGUGCUGCGAAUACAAACAAUAUGGCGGUUACCACAGCAAGAUAUAGCGACAUUAGCUCGGAUUCAGACUCGGAUUUCAGCGGCUUAAGUGAUUCAACAGAUUACGCAUGUAUUGAAACAGAUGGUCAGAGUAUGGAGGCAGAUAGCGAAAACAAAAUUGAAGAAGAAACUGAAGCUAUUGAGCGAAUAGCUAUUGACGCUAUUCGGCCAUAGCAUGGGUGUACCUAAUGAAGUGGCCCAUAGCAUGGCUGCCUUAUUAGCAUCGCCGGUAAAAUGUGCGGACCAAACGAUCAGGACUUUCGCAUCUUGUGACACUGGAGUACCUUAAAUAUGUCGAUUGGUAAGUGCUUGUUUCGCAUUAAAUGUGGGUAUCUAGUUUCAAAUGUACAUACAGCUAGCGUAAAUAGCAUGUUAGCAUCGAUUAGCGUAGGAUGUUAGCAUCGAUUAGCUGGCAGUCAUGCUGCGACCAAAUAUGUCUGAUUAGCACAUAAGUCAACAACAUCAACAAAACUCACCUUUGUGAUUUCGUUGACUUAAUCGUUGCAAAUGCAUCUGCAGGUUAUCCAUACAUCUCUGUGCCAUGUCUGUCUUAGCAUCGCCGGUCAAAUGUGCAGACACUCUGGCACAUUCAAUGGGAUCUGGCGGCAGAUUUCUUGCCAGUGGUGCAACUUGAAUACCUCCCUGUUAGUGUUGUUACACCCUCCGACAACACACCGACGAGGCAUGAUGUCUCCAAGGUUCCAAAAAAUAGUCGAAAAAACGGAAAAUAACAGAGCUGAGACCCGGUGUUUGUAAUGUGUUGAAAAUGAAAAUGGCGGGUGUAUUACCCCGGUGACGUCACGUUCUGACGUCAUCGCUACAAGACCGAUAAACAGAAAGGCGUUAAAUUCGCCAAAAUUCACCCAUUUAGAGUUCGGAAAUCGGUUAAAAAAAUACAUGGUCUUUUUUCUGCAACAUCAACGUAUUUAUUGACGCUUACAUAGGUUUGGUGAUAAUGUUCCCUUUAAGUGAUCACUUCUUUAAAAGCUUGUUUGAUAUACUUUUAAUGUUUAAUAUUUCGAAUUUAUUUAUGUUUUUUAAAACACAUUUUUGCUGCAAGUGUUUCGUAAAACACCAGCCCGGCGAGUCUAAAUAAAAGAAAGCAAAAGAUGAGCAAAACUAAAAUAGUUAAGUAAUCCUAAGAAGUUCCUUAGGUCUUCAAAAAAUUAUGCGAUUUGUUAAUUUUCUAGCCAGACCUGCGUGUUUUUUUUGUACCUGAAGGUUUCGGCUAAAAGUUGCCUUCCUUCAUGUGACAACCUAAGGAAAGCGAAACCGUCAGGUAUGGAAAAAAAACUCCCAGGUCUGGCUGAAAGAACAACAAGUUGUAAAAGAGUUAAGCUUUUACCAAAGGCAGCAAUCCUAAAUGAAGCUUUCAGCACAUCCACAACACUGAGAUCUAUAGUUAUAUUUUGAUAAACACCAAUUUCCUUGGCCUGGCCUCGCACAAAGAAGUUGUAGACCUCCGUGCUUGUUCAGGGUUUCGUCUGUUUUGUCGUGUGGAAUGACUGGGAAUGCGACCGACGGAUAACCCUUAAAAUAACUGGACACAACUUUGUUUAAUAAAAUAUAGGGAUAAAUUCUAUUGCAUAGUUUGAUUUUUUUCCUCGUAUCUGCUUUUAGCGGGCCCCUUGCGUACUGGGAUAGUUUUCACACUGUUGGUUUGGUUGACCACCACUUCGUUCACCGGACGUAAACAGGUAAGAAAAAGUCACUUGACUAAAUACAAAUAAUACAAUGAGUUGUAUACUUAUAUACUAAUCAAUCAUAACUUGCUUUAUUCCAUUUUUAUGCAACGUACUUUAUUGUUAUUGUAAAAACACACAAUUUUUUUGUAACCUAUGAAACACUAUUGCCAGUGUACUUGUGAAAACUCUACGGUGCAUUUUUCAACCGUACCACAAUUCUUGUUGUCUUGGUUUCCGUGCUGUCCAAAACAAUGGAACAUUUUGGCACUUAGCCCAUUUGGGUGUGACCUGUCUACAGUACUUCAAAUGGCCCUUUUCUGGAUGGAUCUUGAGGACGAGGGGGCGGUUAAUCACUUUGCAAUGUGCUUUUGUUGAAAAUUAUGGAAAGCGCCACUCUACUCAGCAACUGACGCUGUGGUCAAAGUUGGAAUUGCUUCAAGACACAUUUUAAGAUAUUCAACACUCCACUGCCAUCUGGCGGCUAAAGCAGAUAAAAUAUACUUUCCUUUGGCAGCAAAAAUACUGUUUUGACUUCUUAAUGUUUUUUUUAAUGAAAAAAAAGGCAAAAUUUGGGUAGUUUGUAAAAGACAAAUACACAAAUGUGUCUUGCAUUUCUGUUGAGUAGCGAUUAGCGUGCAAGUGAUGAAAAGUAUCACAGUGUUGUGAUUUUUUUUUAAGUAAAGUAAUCAAUCAGGCUUUUAUGAUAAUCAAAAUUUGAAAGGCUAAUACUAACCGUAUGUAAUUUGUAAAUUGUUACAUCCAUACAUAUCGCAUUUAUGAGCCCAUUCAAAAGAGGUCGAGGUCGGGGUCGGACUUGAAAAAAAUCCAAAUUGUAGUGCUCAAACUGGCAUGAACAAAUGCGAUACAAGUGACACGCAUUUUAAAAAAACAAAGUUUUUGCUUGCUUGUGUUGUGUCACAAUUUACGAGGCACAAAAAUGUGACAUUCUUCAUGGAAAUCAUUUCUAUUUAAUCAAUUUAAUAGUAUUAAUAUGCCCCCAGACAGCUUGUUGACAAUAGGAAUGUCGCAUCACGGCAACCUUUGUGAACCCAUUUUUUUUAGACCAAAAAACCCAUUACCACUAACUAGCGCGACCGUUUACUCGAAUAACAAAACAAUACUGCUGAUUGUAAAAAGUCAGGUGUGUUUAGUCGUUACUAACAUGAAGCAUUAUUAACAUAUUUGUAUUUAUUUUAUACGCUAAGCUAAAAUGUGAUGGUGUGUGGCGCUGAGUUGAAGCACAAACUGUACAGUGAACUGAAAUGUUUGUUAUUUGAUAUCAUGCUGCUGUGUUUAUCCACUGUAAUGUGAUAACAAAUAUUUUUAGUAGCACCACUCGUGAUGGACAUUUAAAUAAAUACUGAUCAAUUUAUUGAUUAA